GGAGGAAAAAAGAAGGCGUGGAAUGUCCAGGUGGAGGCUCCCGCGGCCAGUAGUGGGAGCGAAGCGCAUCCGCAGAGGAUCAUUUUGGAGGCUCAAAACCUCUCGCACCCAACCAAACUCCAGCCCCACAUCACACCCUCUCCUCUCCUCUCCUCUCAACACACCACACAAAUCCCUCUCUCUCUAGCUUCUCUCUACGCUCCAACGAAAGGGAAGAAGAAGCUGCGAGGGGGAAAGAAAAGUCCUCCGACGGCGAGGCGAUCUCCAAGGAAGAGGGCCAUGUCGGCGGCGGCGGGGCACGGCGGAGGCAAGGAGAAGGGCCCCGGGGGCGCGUGCGAGCUCUGCGGCGCGGCGGCGCGGGUGUACUGCUGCGCCGACGAGGCCACGCUCUGCUGGGGCUGCGACGCGCAGGUGCACGGCGCCAACUUCCUCGUGGCGCGCCACGCGCGCACGCUCCUGUGCCGGGGAUGCGCGCGGCCCACGCCGUGGCGCGCCGCGGGGCCGCGCCUCGGGCCCACGGCCUCCCUCUGCGACCGCUGCGUCCGCCGCGGCGGCGGCGGCGGCCCGGGGGGUGCGGGCGCCGCGGGCGCAGGGGGCGUGGGGCCCGACGUGGAGAUGGGCGCCGCGGGCUCCGAGGACGAGGAUGACGACGACGAGGUGGUCGUCGAGGACGAGGAUGAGGAGGAGGAAGGGGAGGGGGAGAACCAGGUCGUGCCAUGGACGGAGGAGGCCGACGCCACGCCGCCGCCCGUCGCCAGCUCCACGUCCAGCAGCAGCCGGGAGGCUGCCGCCAACGGCGCUAAUGCCGCUGAAUGCGCAAAGGAGGACGUGCGGUGCUCGACGUCGCCGCAGCCGAGCUUGUGCCAGUACUCGUCGCCAGCGCGCCACGGCGGCCGGAGUGACGAGGCCACCUCCUCCCGGAACGGCGGCAGGUUCCUUGCUAACCGGCACAGGAAGAGAUCGCCCUCGGAUUUCCUGGGCUCAGGGUCGGCGCAGUCCGGGAGUGGCACGCCGGGCAGGAAUUGCUCCAACGCGGGCAUUGGCCGAAAUGGAUUUACCUGAGGCAGGCAACUUGUGAUGACGGUGUAGAUGUUGAUGCUAACUACAUUAGAAGGUCACUUUUAGUGUAUCCAAGCAUUUGGGGAGAAUUGGAUCACGACGAGAUCAAGCUUCCACCGAGGCAUACAUCCUUUUCGGUUGUCAACUUGCACACAAGUUAUUAGGGCAGCCGUCUUAGAACCAUGAUAGUACUUCCCUAAAUGGUGAUGGCUCGCCAGAGAAUGUAUAUGUCCCCCACUACUUUCCUGUGUUUAAUUCUUUCCUCCUUUUUGUUUGUGGAUGAGGCGUGUUUGCUAACCUAAGAAAAAUGAUAUAGGCUCGCAUUUGCAGUGACAUUCUUUGAUGUUCUACUGUCUGAAAGUUUCCUUUUUAUGCCC